UGGUCUUGGUUGCCAGUUCCACCACCUCAUCCAUUGCUUCAUGGCAGCCUAUGAGACACAUCGAACUCUCGUUCUCAACUCUACUGGCUGGCGAUACUCCCCCAAGGGCUGGGAAACUGUCUUCCAGCCUCUCAGUGAAACAUGCACCAACUACUCUAAAGCAAAUAUAACAUACUGGCCUGGCAAGAAUGAUUCACCAACGAUACGCUUUCCUCCGUCUUACAUCAUGAAUCCCUCUCCAAACAUGUUGCCAUUAGCCAUCCCGAGAGACAUCUCUAAACGACUUUUACGCUUGCAUGGUAAUCCAGGCGUCUGGUGGAUGGGUCAGUUUAUCAAGUAUUUUUUCAAAUUUCAGCCGAACAUGCAAGAAACUAUCAGCAAAACAGAAAAAUCCAUUCAGUUUGAACAUCCCAUUGUGGGUGUACAUGUCAGACGAACCGAUAAACGUACCGAGACAAGUUACCAUAAUGUGGAAGAAUACAUGGAACAGGUUUGAGGAAUACUUUGCCGGACUCCAGCUCUUGGACCCAAAUGUUACACGACGGAUCUACCUAUCUUCUGACGAGCCCAAAGUCUACGAAGAAAUGGAGAAAAAGUACCCUCAUUACAAGAUCCUUUAUCACAGGAAGCAUGUACAAGUGGACCAGGAUAUAACACGGUUCACUGUGACCUCGCUUAGAGAUCUCGUAGUUGAUAUCUACUUCUUGGCUCGUACAGACUACAUCGUUGUCACAUUCACG